UCCGUGCCGAGAGCGAGCACUAAUUGGGGUUUUGGACCACAUUCCACACAUUCCGCCUGAACGGAACACCACGUGAUGCGCACUGUUUGAAUAUAGGCGUUGAAAAAAAAGAAAAAAAGAGAAACAUGUUGCACAAAUGCCGCAUUCGCGUGCUGCUCGUUAUCGGGAGCUCUUGGGAGUGUGCCGUUUACUGCCGGUUCUUAAUAACGUCUUUUAGGCGUCGGAGAUCAAGCGCUCCACCAGCAUGUGAAUUAUAAGAACAACUCUGUGGUCCAACUCAAGACAACAGAGCCCAAUAAAUAUAUAGAAUAACUCAAUUAUUUCAUAAUUUGUACCGAUUGCUAAUAAUAAUAAUAGAAACACCCAGGCUACUAAAGCACCGUCAUAGUUCCUCGCUCCAGACGCGACAUCUCAAAGUUUCAGAUAAUUCCUACUUUAACCUCCAUUUGGCACUUUUUGUGGAGCCGAGUCUCCUCUUUACAGGAUGCUAUCUAACUCCACAUGUAAUGAUGUCGUGUGUGUGCGUGUGUGUGCGUGUGUGUGUGUCUGUGCGUGUGCUGGUGUGUCAGGAGAGCGGAGUCUGGUCUAUCCGGACAACCGACUCCAUAAACUGAUGCCAAGCGGCUGCGAGUAUGAACCAAAAGGACCCCAGACGCAACCCGCUGGCCACUGCCGGGUUUCUAUCACGGGUCUUCAUGUGCUGGUUGACCCCGUUGCUGUACCUGGGCCACAAGCGGAGGCUGGAGGAAAGUGACAUGUACAGCGUUCUUCCAGAGGAUCGGUCUGAAAUACUGGGAGAGGAACUCCACAGAUUUUGGGAAUUGGAAGUUAGAAAGGCCACAAAAGAACUCAAGAAGCCCAAACUCUCCAGAGUUCUCAUCAAGUGCUAUGGGAAGUCGUACGCUGCGGCUGGGAUUUUUACAUUUUCACUGGAGGCGCUUAAAGUGAUCCAGCCACUUCUUCUGGGGAAAGUAAUCAUGUACUUUGAGAAUUAUGACCCAGACGACCAGAGGAGUCUUCACAUGGUGUAUAGUUACGCUGCUGCAAUGUCCCUCUCCACCUUCGGCCUGACUAUCCUCCAACACCUCUACUACUACCGCGUCCAGAGAAUAGGCAUGAAGAUCAGAGUGGCCUUGUGUCACAUGAUCUACAGGAAGGCUCUUGGCCUCGGCAGUGAAUCCAUGGUGCACACAACCACCGGGCAAAUUGUCAACCUCCUUUCAAAUGACGUCAAUCGUUUUGAUGAGAUCACACUCAACCUGCACUACCUGUGGGUGGGACCUCUUCAGGCGAUGGUGAUUAUCCUUUUCCUCUGGUACGAGAUCGGCCUGUCAUGUCUGGCAGGUGUGGCCAUCAUUGCCCUCAUGAUGCCGGUUCAGACCUGGUUUGGAAAGCUCUUUGGCAUCUUCAGGAGCAAAACGGCGGUCCUGACUGACAAUAGAAUCCGCAUCAUGAACGAAGUGGUGUCCGGCAUCAGGAUUAUCAAGAUGUACGCCUGGGAGAAACCCUUCUCAUCGCUGGUUACUGAAGUCAGAAGGAAAGAGAUCAGUCAGAUACUGAAGAGCUCCUACCUACGAGGGCUCAACAUGGCCUCCUUCUUCGCCAGCAGCAAGAUCAUCGUCUUCGUCACCUUCACCACCUACGUUCUCCUGGGCAACGCCCUCACCGCCAGCCGUGUGUUUGUCACGGUUUCCCUCUACGGUACCAUCAAGCUCACGGUCACCCUGUUCUUCCCACUUGCCGUCGAGAAGCUGUCGGAGACGGCGGUCAGCAUCCGGAGGAUUGAGGGUUUUCUCCUACUGGAUGAGAUAGGGGGAAAGAAGAGUGCGCUUCUUCUGGAGGAAAAAAGGGAAAACUCUGUUGAGAUUGAGAAGUUGACCUGCUACUGGGAUAAGAGUUUGGACGCUCCAUCGCUGGAGAACAUCUCUAUUACAAUGAAGUCGCACCAACUUCUGACUGUGAUUGGCCCAGUGGGAGCUGGAAAGUCGUCUCUGCUGAGCGCCAUCCUGGGAGAGCUGCCCCACGACACGGGAAUCCUGAAGGUCACAGGUCAGCUGACAUACGCCGCCCAGCAGCCCUGGGUGUUUCCUGGAACCAUCCGCAGUAACAUCCUGUUUGGGAGAGAGCUCGACCCCCAGAAGUAUGAGAGAGUCCUCCAAGCCUGCGCUCUGAAGAGGGACCUGGAGCUGCUCCCAGACGGAGACCUGACUCUGAUCGGGGACAGAGGGGCCACACUCAGCGGGGGACAGAGGGCCCGGGUCAACCUGGCGAGGGCUGUGUACCAGGACGCAGACAUCUACCUCCUAGAUGACCCUUUAAGUGCUGUGGAUGCCGAGGUCGGGAGACACCUCUUUGAAAAGUGCAUCUGUGGGCUCCUGAAGAACAAGUCUCGGAUCCUGGUCACCCACCAGCUGCAGUACCUGAAGGCAGCCGACCAGAUUGUGGUCCUGAAUGAGGGUCACAUCAUGGCCCAGGGUACCUACAAUGAGCUGCAGCUCUCUGGCCUCGACGUCGAGUCCCUGCAGAAAACCAAUGAGGAGCAGAAGCAACGGUCUGGACCAGCUGACUCAGACCAGGUGUCUUUACUCAGCCAGAGGACCAACCACUCGCACAGCUCUGACUGCAGCCUCCUGCCACCAGAAGGCCACCGGACUGACCCGCUUCCGGUGGAAACGGUUCGUUCCGUGGCAGAGGAGACUCGCGCUGAAGGAAAUGUCAGCGGCCACGUUUAUCUCAAGUACUUCUCUGCAGGCUGUAACCCUCUGGUGUUGAUGGCUAUAGUUGUGCUCAGCGUCAUGGCUGAGGUUGCAUAUAUUCUGCAGGACUGGUGGCUGGUCUACUGGGCAAGAGAGGAGUUCUUUAAUAGCACAGCUGGGCCUGGUAGCUUUAAAACCGGCAUCAAUGCUACUCGCUCACAUCAAGAGCUCAAUCUCAAUUUCUACCUUGGGAUUUAUUCAGGUCUGACAGCAGCAGCGGUGGUCUUCGGCUACGCCAGGAGUCUGGUGAUCUUCCGUGGGUUGGUGAGAUCAGCUCAGGCGCUGCAUAACAACAUGUUCAGCGCUGUCCUUCGCACGCCUGUUCACUUCUUUGACGUCAACCCCAUCGGAAGAAUUCUCAACAGGUUUUCCAAAGACAUCAGCCAGAUUGACUCCAUGUUGCCCAUCACGUUUGUGGACUUCUAUCAAUUAUUUUUACAGAAUGUUGCCGUGGUUGCGGUCGCUGCCUCAGUCAUCCCUCUCAUCCUCAUCCCCGUCAUUCCGCUGCUUGUUGUCUUCUUGUACUUGAGGCGUUUCUACCUCCGCACGUCACGAGAUGUCAAACGCCUUGAAUCUACGACUCGGAGUCCGGUGUUCUCCCACCUGUCCUCGUCUCUUCAGGGCCUGUGGACCAUCCGAGCCCUCAGAGCCGAGGACAGGUUAAAAAAAGCCUUCGACGCUCAUCAGGACCUGCACUCAGAGGCCUGGUUUUUGUUCCUGAUGACCUCCCGCUGGUUUGCACUCCACCUCGACAGCAUUUGCGCCGUACUUAUCGCCAUGUCAAUAUUUGGCUGCAUCCUACUCCGAGAUGGGCUGAAGGCUGGAGAGGUGGGCCUGGUGCUGACCUAUGUUGUGACACUGGUAGGAAACUUCCAGUGGACGGUGAGGCAAAGUGCAGAGGUGGAGAACAUGAUGACGUCAGUGGAGAGAGUGGUGGAGUACACUGAACUGGAGAGUGAAGCACCAUGGGAAACCCAAAAGCAGCCUCCUCCCAAUUGGCCCAACAAAGGCCUGGUGACCUUUGACCAGGUCAGCUUCUCCUACAGCAGUGAUGGACCACUGGUCCUCAAAGGCAUCAGCGCCACCUUCCAACCCAAUGAGAAGGUUGGCAUCGUGGGUAGAACGGGUGCUGGGAAAAGCUCUCUGGUCUCGGCUCUGUUCCGCCUGUCCGAGCCUCAGGGUAAGAUCUACAUCGACGGUGUUCUGACCUCUGAGAUCGGCCUCCACGACCUGCGCCAGAAGAUGUCCAUCAUUCCUCAGGACCCGGUGCUGUUUACAGGCUCCAUGAGGAAGAACUUGGACCCUUUCAACCAGCACAGUGAUGAAGACCUGUGGAAGGCUCUGGAGGAGGUGCAGCUGAAGUCUUUGCUGGAGGAGCUGCCGGGGGGGUUGGAGACGGUUCUGGCCGAGUCGGGCUCCAACUUCAGCACGGGCCAGAGGCAGCUGGUGUGUCUGGCCAGAGCCAUCCUGAGGAAGAACCGCAUCCUGGUGAUCGACGAGGCCACGGCCAACGUGGACCCCAGGACAGAUGCGCUGAUCCAGAAAACCAUACGGGACAAGUUCAACAAAUGCACCGUGCUCACUAUCGCUCAUCGCCUCAACACCAUCGUAGACAGCGACAGGAUACUGGUCCUGGACGGUGGUACCAUCCAGGAGUUAGACCGCCCCUUCACCCUGCUGCAGAACAAAGAGGGUGCUCUCUACAGGAUGGUGCAGCAGACGGGCCCGGCCGAGGCAGCAGCCCUGCUGGAGUCAGCCAGACAGGUGUGUUCACAUUUUUAAAGGCAUCAAAGAAGAUUUAAAAGACUGCUGUACAACAUACUCCACAUGUAACUUGUCUGAGACCCUCCAUCACUCAGAGAAGACAACGCAGAACCUACCUGCUAAUGGUUAACAUUGUUUUCUAGUUGACAUUUCAUUUUUAGUUCUGAAGUUAUGCAGGAAAAUAGGAUUUUCUAUUGCCUUUCAAGUCACAAAUCCUAUUGUAUCAUUGUGAGUGUGCUGACUGCUACCAUGGAAACCCAACUAUGAUACUUCCAGAACAAUCACAAUCUUCAAACUGUCACGGGGCGACUGUGGGUCAGUGGUUAGCAGGUCUGUCUUUCAAUCAGGGCUUGGUGGUUCAAUCCCCGCCCUAGUCGAUGUGUCCUUGAGCAAGACACUUAACC